AUGGCUAAAGAAUUUACUUUAUUUAUUAAAUUCUUCUCCUUAAGUUUGAUACUUUUUUUAUUUACAAGUAAUUCUUAUCAAAGCAGAAUUUACCGUCAAAUAUACAUAAAUAAUUUUGAUAGACAUACUAGAAGUAUUUCUAGUGAUUAUAUGAAAUGGUUAUCACCAAGUCAAUCAGACUACCUUCAUAAUAUGAUUAAAAAUAAGGUUGAGGAUGAAAAAAUUUGGAGAGAAAUGAUAAGUUUGUACCAGGAAACUGAAGGAAAACAAAGACAUACAGCUUUGGAAAAUUUAAAUAGAUUAUGUAAGAUUGCCAAUUCUGAGGAAUCUAAUGAUUCAUCAAAAAAAAGAAAAAGAAAUGUUGAUGAAUCUGGUUUUACCUUUAAAUCUUAUGUUAAAUCAAAUCCAGAAAAUGCUAAACCAUUAUGUUUAGAGGUAAUGACAUUAUAUAAUGAAAUUAAGGAUAAUUCAUUGACGGAUGAGCAAAUGUUAUGGCUUAGUCCUUCACAAAAAUUAGAAAUUAAAAAAAUACGCGAUGAGGGUGGUGAUCAUUGGGAUAUUAUGAGUAAAUUAGCUGAAUAUAUUGUUUCAUUAUCUACAAGAAGACGUAAAGAAGUUAGUGAAAUGUUUAAACCAUUUUGUGUAAAUCAAUUAUCACGUCUUUUGGGACCUGAAGGUUUUGAAACAUUAAAAAAUAAGUAUGAAUCAACAUCAACUGCUGAUGAGAUUGUUGAAACAUUUAAAAGUAUAAUAGAAACAUUAGAGACAGAGUACCAAAGAAAUGAAGCUGAACAUUAUGGAUUAUUUUGUAAAAAGGUAUUUCAUAUUAUAAGAUAUGAUCCAGAUUCUCUUUUGACAUGGUUGACAGCUUCCCAAAAACAAGAAUUAAUAUCAUUAAUGAAGAAUCCUAAUGUUGGUGAUCUUGAAUUGUAUAAUAAAAUUAUUGAAUUUUAUGAAAUAUCUGAAGAGGAAGCUAAGGAAGAUGCCAAAAGAAUUAUUACUUUAGGAUGUAAAAGUUUCAUUGAACGUAUGCUUGGAAAUGAUGUUUUAGAUGAAAUUGAGUAUAAAAAGAAAAAUAAUACACAUCCACAAAUUUUAGCUUCUAAAUUAGUUAGAUAUGCCUCUGAAAUUAUUGAUGAAAAUGAAAGAGAUAUAGCAAGAAAAAGUUUACCAAUAUGUAAAAAAAUUUAUUUAGGUUUUAAUAAUGAAUGUGAAUGUAAUGGAAAUUCAGAUUCUUGUGAUUCAGAAACACAUAAAUGUUUAAAUUGCCAACAUAAUACUUAUGGUGUUCAAUGUUCAAGAUGUUUAAAUGGUUUUCAUGGAACUGCCAUAAAUGGUGAUUGCCAUGAAAAUGAGGUACCUAAUUGUAAUUGUAAUGGACAUGCAUUAUCUGGAUGUGAUUAUCAUGGAAAUUGUCUUGAAUGCCUUAAUCAUACAGUUGGAGUUAAUUGUGAAAGAUGUGCAAGUGGUUAUUAUGGUGACCCUUUACAAGGAACAUCUGAAGAUUGUGUAAAAUGUCCUUGUCCUGGUAAUAUAGAUUGUUUUAUAAAUGAACAUCAUUUAGUACAAUGUAAAUAUUGCCCAAAAGGUUUAUCAGGAAUAACUUGUGAAAUUAAUGAAUCAACACAUUCAUCAAAUUCAGAAAUUAAAGAAACUGGUAAAGCAAUCCUAACAAAUAUGUAA